AUGGCUUUGGCUCGUCAUGCACUCCGAUUUAAUUCUCUACUUCGCCAUGGAAGCCGCUUGGCAGUUGCUUCUAUGCCGAAACAGACCAGGGGUUACGCCGACAUGGCUUUCACUUUUGCUAGUCCCGGAGAGGUUUAUUACAACAACGCAAAAGUGAACCAGGUUGAUGUCCCGUCUUUGUCUGGGAAUUUCGGUAUUCUUCCUGAUCAUGUUCCUACACUUGGUGUGCUCAAACCAGGUGUUGUCACAGUUUAUGAAACUGAUUCUACCAAAAAAUAUUUUGUGAGCAGUGGGUCUAUUUCAAUCAACGAAGACUCUUCUGUUCAGAUCUUGGCUGAGGAAGCUCAUCCCCUUGAAAAUUUAGAUCCUGCUGCAAUCCGUGAUGGAAUGGCCAAAGCCCAGCAGGAAUUCAGUACUGCUUCAACUGAUAAAGACAAAGCAGAAGCCCAAAUAGCAUUAGAUUGUUAUGAAGCAUUGCAAAAAGCCUUAGAUGACAAACUUUAUAUUUGUAUUAAUUUUUCUCUCUCUCUCUCUCUCUAUCUAUCUAUCUAUCUAUCUAUCUAUCUAUCUAUCACUAUAUAUAUAUAG